UGCGUCAUGGAUUGGAACACAAUUUUAGAACUUUUCAAUCCCUUGGAAAUCAACCUCUUUCUGUUGAUACCUUUUGGAGUUGCGGUUUCGCUGGUGUCGCUAUGCUUUUGCUAUCACUGCCAUCAGUGUGUUCGCGAUCGUCGAAGGGCUCGGAUCGAAAAGCGGGUACUUCCGCUGCCUCUUACUCGAUUAUCGAUCACUCCGAUUUCGAUAGUGGACAGCACCAAGUUAAUUCACAGCCGCAACAGCUCGGAAUACUACUAAAAAACCAGUGCCAUACGAUGACUGAUGCCCAAAUAUAUCUCUCCUAUUUUAUAUGCGGACCAGUGUUCGCGGUAAUGUUGUUUGUGUAUUUCUACUACUGCUAUCUGAAUGUCCGCGAGUGUCAAAGAUCGCGAGGGAGGGAGUUUACAACCCCUUCACUCGACGAUAACUCGGAGGAAAGAGUCCAAGUCUAUUGACAAAGCGCUUAAGGCUCAGCUAAAUAGUAUAGUGAAUCAUUGCACGGAAAGAAAUAGUACUUAAUAAGUUUAUGUAAGAAUAUACACUUCAAGUUAUUGGUAUAAUUAAACUCACAUCAUUUGAAAAGAACAUUUUGUAAUCUGCCUAAAAGUUUAAACUUAUUUAAGUUUGUAUAAAUAAGUGGAUAUAUUUGGAUAUGCAGUUUGUUUUUUAUAAUCAAGGCGAGCUUUCAUAUCUUUUUAUUAUAUAUAGGUACAUAUAGCUUUUUGCAUUCAAGCUAUAUUUUUUUAAACAAUAAAAAAAUUUGCUUUUUGACCAAAAACUGUUAAAAUUGAUAUAUAUAGAACAGUAAAGUGUUAUAAAUAAAAUAAUUUAAACAAAUAAAA